CUCUCCAUCUCUCCCUCUCUUCCUCUCCCAGCCUUACACACACAACUCACACACAAACACUCUCUCUCUCUCUCUCCAAGACUCCCUUCUCCUACUCCAGAUGAGCGUGCCUCCUUGUUAGGGCGAGCAGAUUUGGAGCUGAAGGUGUGCCACUGUUGCCAGUGAGCUGCUGUUUGAAAAAGAAGACAAUAAAGGAAGAAACCUGUUGACCUGAAGAUACUGUCUGAGUGACUGCUGGUGAUUGUGGAGACAGCAUUUCAGGAAACACUGCGGCAGGCAUCGUUGAGUUAAAGUGCCACAUCGAAGCUCCCUCAGCAGAAAGCAAGAACUCCUUCCUGGGAUUGUAAAGAGGACCCGGGGAAGACAGCGUGCUGCCAGCAUCUGCCUGGCUGCCCAGCAUCGCCACCAUGAAUGAGAGUCGAAGGGAAGCGCUGGCGGCGGCGCUGCCCGAGCCCACCACCGCCUCCUCCUCCACGGCGGGCUCCAACACCACCGACAUAGCCGGCCCGGGCACCGGCGAGAAGGACGAGGCCUUUUCCAAGCUGAAGAACAAGUUCAUGAACGAGCUGAACAAAAUCCCAUUGCCGUCAUGGGCCAUCGUCUCCAUCGCCUUCGUGGCGAUCAUUCUGGUGUUAGCAUGCUGCUUCUGCAUCUGCAAAAAAUGGAUAUUCAAGAAGAAAAACAAAAAGAAGGGCAAAGACAAGGGCAAAAAUGCCAUCAACAUGAUGGACGUCAAAGACGGAGCCAAAACCGAGGCCUUGAAGGAUGAGGAGGAUGCGGAGACAGGGCUGACUGAAACGGAGAAAGAGGCAGAGCCCAAGGAGGACCAGAAACUGGGCAAAUUACAAUACUCCCUGGAUUACAAUUUCACAGAGAAUACGCUCAUCGUGGGGAUCAUCCAGGCUGCCGAGCUGCCUGCUAUGGACAUGGGGGGCACUUCUGACCCGUACGUAAAGGUCUACCUGCUGCCGGACAAGAAGAAGAAGUUUGAGACCAAGGUCCACAGGAAGACCCUCAAUCCUACCUUCAAUGAGCAGUUCACUUUCAAGGUCCCCUACGUGGAGCUCGGAGGGAAGACACUGAUAAUGACGGUGUACGACUUUGACCGCUUCUCCAAACACGAUGCCAUAGGCGACAUCAAGGUGCCCAUGAACAAGGUGGACUUCAGCCACGUAACGGAGGAGUGGCGGGAUCUGCAGAGCGCCGAGAAGGAGGAGCAAGAGAAGCUGGGUGAUAUCUGCUUCUCUCUGCGAUACGUUCCCACUGCUGGGAAGUUGACUGUGGUCAUCCUUGAGGCCAAAAACCUGAAGAAAAUGGAUGUGGGAGGCUUGUCAGAUCCAUAUGUGAAGAUCCACCUGAUGCAAAACGGCAAGAGGCUGAAGAAGAAGAAGACGACAAUCAAGAAGAACACCCUCAACCCUUACUACAACGAGUCCUUUAGCUUUGAAGUCCCGUUUGAACAAAUCCAGAAAAUGCAAGUUGUUAUAACUGUUCUGGACUAUGACAAGAUCGGCAAGAACGAUGCCAUCGGCAAGGUCUUUGUGGGCCUCAACAGCUCGGGGACGGAGCUUCGCCACUGGUCCGACAUGCUGGCCAACCCCAGGAGACCCAUCGCCCAGUGGCACGUGCUGAAGCCCGAGGAGGAGGUGGAUGCUCAGCUCUCCACCAAGAAAUAGGCAGGGCCCCUUUCAGCACCUGCCUUGUAGUACUCUUUAGCCAGUAUGUGUAAAUACCUCAGUGAUAUAUGGGUCCAUCCAUGUAACCCCCCUUUACCCGCCGCUCAGCCUCUCCCAGCUUUACCGUUCCUAAUAUCACAAACAACCCUAAUUGUUCAAACCUGCAACACCCCAGCUUUUUUUCUAUCAGGUUCCCUACUUUUCUUGCUUUCUUUUUCUGAUUCAGCAGUUUUUUGUUUCCCAUCUCUUGUGCCCUUAACUGCCCCGACCAAAUGCCCCCUUCUUUUAAGCAAUAUGAUCUGUAUAGAUAGCGCAUGACUGAAAGAAUUUAUUGUACCACAGUUGUAUAUAUAAGUAUGCAGACAAAAAUGAUUUCUAGUUUAUGUGUUUGUAUGUUGUUACCCGUUUCCUAAUCUGUGUAUAUCUUGAUGUUUUUAAUAAGAUGUUCUAUUUUAAAUUAUGUAAAUGCAGAUAUAGAGGAAAGCCAAUAUUAUAUAUCCCAGGAUUUAAAAAUUCUACCUUAUUACCUUAUUGCAUUCCAGAAAAAAAAGAAAUCCAACCUGCAAGACACUAGUGGAAAUAUAUUCACAUUGUAAAGGACGAUGUCUGGCUUUAAGUUCAGCAAAGGAUCAUCAGAGAAAAGACAGCUGAAUAUAUACACACAAAACUCCAAAAUACAAGGCCAUUAACUACUAUGGUUCUGAGGGAAAGAAUAUGCUGCUGGAAAUUAUACAAGCACAUGAUUUCUUACAACUUUUUGUACUUGUUUCUCAAUCAGAGGACCUAUAUGUUUAGCUUGAUGCACACUGUUACCAGAAAUAAUAGUUACUGCAAACCAGUUAGCAUUUAUUUUCUCCAUGUUUGGCAGUUUAAGUGAAAUAGGUCCUCGUUUUAAAGGCCAUCGUUCACUUAAACUGGCUCGUUUUCUUUUUUCCCCGAAAAAAAAAGGAAAAUAUUGCCUCCAGAAAAAAAGACUUAUUCUCAACCCUUAAAAAAACAGACCCCAUGUUGAAAAAAAGCACCAAGCUGUAGCCAUUGUGUCCUUACGCUCGUUUAACAAUAUUUUGUUAACUGUUUACUUUGAACAGUCGUUGUUGGAAGUAUAUUGCAUUUAGGCCGGGGUCCGAUCCUUUUGAGAGGGAAAAAAAAAAAAAAAGAGUCGUGACUCUGGUUUUAAGAGGACUAUUUUUUAGAGCAAUUCAACGUCUUGACUAUUUUUCGUAAACUGCAUGAUUUUUUUUACAAUCUUUACUAAAGGCUGGGACGUGGGUGGCGAUCUACUGACACCAGGGGCUGUCUCUUCUGAUACGAUCCCCUUGCCUUCAAUCAGAGGAGAGGACAGAAAAAUCAAAAGUAAUGUCUAAAAAAAAUCGUUGGGUCAGUGUAUACGAAUACACUGACUGGAGGCGAAGCAAGUUUCUAAACACUGCCAUUUUUCAGAGGUGACUUAUGUAAAGACCCUCUCUUCAUGCACACUCCCACUUGCUAGUGGUUGUAGCUUUGGUUUAUUGGGAACAAUGUCUUUGGCUGCAAUGGUGCCCUGAUCGCAGUCUUUGCUUUGCGUUGCCUUCUCACAGUGACAAUAGAGCUAGCCAUGUUUUACUGCCAAUUUUAACUUUUAUGUGGCUGCUGUUUUGCACUGGAUGUCUUUAAACUAGCUUGUUGACUUCUUUCGGAAACCAUGUUUUGGACAAUUGUUGGGCUUUAUUUCAGGACACCUGCAGGGGGAGCCAGAAAUCCGUCUGCUCCAUUGGCUAAAAAGCAAAUGAGGACAAAUCACGUUUUAGCCGACAGCAGUUACAUCAGUUUUGUUUUACUUGUUGGCGCAGGACUACACCAAGAGAGUGCGAAAUAACCGUAAAGUUAAUGGUCUGCGUAGGCUAUUAGUCCAUCAUGUCCUUUACUACGGGUCCAAAUAGCAAAGGAAUAAGUUUUAAUCCAUGAAAACCAUGAAGUCUCUUAUCUUGGAGGAACCUCUUGCAUAUACUCGAUGCUAGCUUCAGGAGGACUUUCUAAAUGUUUUCAAUGUUAUUGUGUAGUUGAUAGCACUAUUAUGAAAAAGCUACUUGUCAUUCCAUAGGAGUCUAUGAGGACUGCUUUGUGUAUCACUGUGACUGCCGUGUGUGCUUAGAGAUGUAGACUUAUCAGUAGGUAGCGAAAAACCAGUUUGUUCUGUAGUGAUGUCGUAGCGUUUAAUGCCAUUUUCCCUUCUACACACAGAGAAAGAGAGGAAGGAAGAAAAAGAGAGAGUGUGUGCGUGUCACGCCGAAAGAAAAGACGUUUAAUCCGAGCGCGAGCAGGUCGCUUCACACAGCAUUUUGUUGAGCACUGUGCAAUACUUGUAUGUUCAUCCCAUAGUGUUAUCGUGGGUGGCGUUGCCCGAGGAAAAAAAAAAGAAGAAAAGAUUCUAACCCUUGAGGAUGAUUCCAGUCCAGAGAGAUGUUUCUCCUUUCCAGUGAAAUGGUUAGGACACAGCACACGUAGAUUCAGCUGACAGGUUUUAGAGCUUGACACCUGUCGACCUCUGUUUAGGGUUCCCUCCCUUCACGCAGGUUCGUUUUCUCUUCUUGCACACAGUUCCAGCAUCAGACGUUUCAGGGAGUAUUAGUUAAAUACCAAACGAGAUUCUACAUCUAAAUAUCCCCUUAAAAAUGCCAUGUAUAUAUUUACAUAAUCGUGUCAAAAAUGUAUAUCUAGAAUAAAUAUAAAGUGACAUGAAUAUGAUUAUUCAGCCUCAAAUAUAGUUUUAUCCAUCAAUCCAUCCAUGCAUAUGCUAUAUCUCAUCCUCAUUGUUUCGUUUUCAUUAAAGAUUCAUUUAUUUCUUAACUGACCUGUUGAUUUAAAAACUCCUUUUAUAUUUGAGAUGAAAACUCUGAAUGUACAGUAUGGACUGUGUUGGUGUAGAUUACUUUAAACCGUGAGAUUAGAUGUACUUUGCACUUUUUGUUGUAAAAACAAACAAAAAAAAUGUUCCCCUCUGUUUAUAUUUUUUCAACUAUUUGGAAUUUAUUUCAUAACCCUUUUGGGGUCCCCUGUCUGAUUUGCAUUCCAAAAAUAAUCAUUGAAUAUACUUUAAUACAGCUGCACUCCCAGUCCCUCUUUAACAGAGGGAUUAUUUUAUUUGACAUGUUUUACAUAUGUAGAUUAAUGAAUUCCAGUACAGCUUCAGAUUUAAAUGAAAAAAAAAAGGAUUAAAGUACAAGGUUAAGGCUCUGAAAACGGCCUGAAUAAUUCGAUAUUAAUGCGAAAAAAGGUUGUACUGACGGAAUUAACCGAUCAAAGAAAAUCUGAAUUAUGACAAAUAAACAAACGUAUAAGGGAAUUCAGUAACAGGCAGCA